CUUUUAUCUAAUAAGAAAUAGUCGAACUAAUAAUAGAUAUAUGAGAAAGUUUCAAUCAACAAUUUCCAAAUAAUUAAAUUACUAAUUGAUCUGCUACGAUAUUUUUCACCCGAAUUGUACCUCAUACAAUAAUAUAUUAAGAGCUUGCAACAAUGUAGUUGCUAAGUAAUGAUAUAUAUAAGUUUGUUUACUUUUUAUGUUAUUCAUUAAUACGAGGCGAGAUUCUGUAGUUGAAAUCCUUAAUAAAUUUCUGAUUGAUAAUCAUGGCUCCCCAAUACAAACUUACAUAUUUCAAUGUCACUGCUCUGGGUGAACCAAUCAGAUUCUUAUUGAGUUAUGGAAACAUCGAUUUCGAAGACGUUCGUAUUGAAAUGGAACAAUGGCCUUCACUAAAACCAUCUACUCCAUUUGGUCAACUACCACUUUUUGAGCAUAAUGGUAAAGUGAUUCAUCAAUCGAUGGCUAUUGCAAGAUACUGCGCCAAAUUGGUUAAAUUAACAGGAAGCAAUGAUUGGGAGGCUUUAGAAAUUGAUUCUGCUGUUGAUACUAUCAAUGAUUUAAGACAAAAAAUUGCUCAGUAUCAUUACGAACCAAAUGAAGAAUUAAAGGCAAGCAAAAAGAAACCACUCGUUGAAGAAACUGUCCCAUUUUACAUUGAAAGAUUAGAAGCAAAAGUAAAAGAUAACGAUGGAUAUUUUGCUUGUAAAAAACUAACAUGGGCGGAUUUGUAUUUUGUGGCCAUUUUGGGUUAUCUCAACUUCAUGUUGGGAAAAGAUUUGAUUGAAAAUGCUCCAAACCUACAGAAACUUAAAGAAAAAGUAUUGGCUCUCCCUAAUAUUAAAGCCUGGGUCGCGAAACGCCCAAAGGGUCAUUUUUGAACGAAUAUAUGAAGAACUAUUUUUGUAUUUGAUACUGAAUUUGAAAUAAAAAGUUUUAAUUUUU